AUGUCUGGCAAUAUCCCGGCCAUUCCUACACCGAACUUGGCUCACUUCAUUUCGCGUCAAAUGCGCGGUAGGUAUGGUUUGGGGAUACUCGUGUACGCUGGCAAUACUCAUCACGGACACCGUGACAUGGAAGAAACGAGGUCUCCUGAUAUCCUGUUUAUCCUAUUAUAUCCCUGCUGUCAUUAUAGUUGCAGCUUAUCUGAUCAUUUACAUCUCCCGAAUAAAAUCCAGGUUCGAGUUAGCCCGUCAAGAGAACAUCGAUGUAUCCUCGAGCAACCGUUCCAAGCAAGAUCUAAGGAUGGCGAAGUAUAUGAUAUUGUUGAUUGCAUCGUUCCUAAUCUGUUGGGCGGGUCAUUUUAUUAUGGGUACCAUUAUGUCGUUCACCACGCUGCCACGACUCCACCCCUUUCUCAAAGAUUGUAUAAAAGGAAUGAGUUAUCUAAACUCGGCCCUAAACCCCUUCUUGUAUGGUUACGUCAGCCCAAAGUUUCGCGUGGCUUUCAUGCGAAUAUUAUGCAAGUGUUGCCGAAAAGACUCGCGUCACGCGUGGACACAGAUGAGUCCCGCGCGCAGCACAUUCUCGCGCAGAACAUCUUCGACAAAAGUCGCGAUCGGCCAACGACACUCUACAGCUUCUCAAGAAGACGCG